GGGCGGCGGGAGGGCCGGUCACCGCCGCUGCCGCUCUCGCACGGCGUGCGCGUUGUUUCGGCCCCGUGCGGCAGCGGCAGCCUCGGCAGGGGGCGACGGCCGCCGGAACGCGGGCAGGGGUGGUCGGGGGAGGAGAGGCUGCCGCGCGGAUGAUGACGGGGCUGGUGGGCAGCCCGGUGGCUGCCGUCAUGCAGGAGAACUUCGGCUGCUCCGUCGCCAAUCGCUUCUACCAGCUCCUGGACGAUGAGUCGGACCCCUUCGACAUCCUGCGUGAGGCUGAGCGCCGCCGGCAGCAGCGGAAGAAGCGCGACGAGGUGGCGGCCGCCUCCAGGAGAGCCGUGCCCGGCGGCCGGGCUGGCGGUGGCAGGAGGGAGACCCAGAAGGAGCGGAGGCAGCCGGAGAGCUCCCCUGCGCCCGCGGCGCCGCCGCAGCCAGGCCCGAAGCGAGCACCCAGGCGGGGAGAACAACAAGGAGUCAGUAACAGAGGCACGGAGGCGAAACAAGACAAAACUGAAUGGAGACCAUCUUUCAGGGAAUACCGUCCCUAUGGAGCACAAAGACAAGUGGAAUUCACAGUGGAACGACCAGUGGAAAGAUUAGACUAUGAAAGACCAAUAAGAGGUCGUGGUGGAGGAAGAGGUGUAAUGCGAGGUAGAGGAAGAGGUGGUGGAUUAAACAGAAGUUUCAAUGGCUUUGACCAAAGAGGAAAACGGGAACUUGAAAGACAAAGUGGGAAUGAUAAAAUAGGAGUGAAAGCAGAUGACAAAAAGGGUGGAGGUGGAGCUCGCAACUGCAGAACAGUUAAAGAUGAUAUGAGUGGGACAGAACAGACUGCACCUAUGGAGGAGACCGUGGAAACUCCUGAACAGCCAGGGACAUCUGAAGGAGAGCCUCUGAGCAAAGUUGCUGAAGGAGAGCCAAUGGAAGAAGUGGUUCAAGAAAUGACAUUAGAUGAGUGGAAAAAUCUUCAGCAACGGAAUCGACCAAAGCCUGAAUUCAAUAUCCGGAAGCCAGAAUCCACUGUUCCUUCCAAAGCAGUGGUGAUUCACAAGUCAAAAUACAGUGACAAUUUGCAAAAAGAAGACUUUGAAGAUGAUUCUCAUGUCUUUCGAAAACCAGUGAAUGAUAUAACUUCUCAGCUGGAUAUUAAUUUUGGGAGUCUUCCUCGCCCUGGCCGUGGAUCAAGAGGAGCACGGGGUGGUCGUGGUCGUGGCAGAAGACCUGAAGAGACAGGACCUCGACCAGAAGUAGUGGUGCAGCUUGUUGCUCCAAAUCCUGAUGAUCCUGAGGAUUUUCCAGCUUUAGCUUGAAGAACCAUCCUGCAUGGUGGUAUCUCAAAGUUGCUUUGUAACUAUGAAGAGACCAGUUCUAUGCUGGUGUAGAUUGAGGAAGUCUGUUUCCCUUCUGGAAAGUUGUUUGGGUGUUUGGUGCGGAAUGAUUGCAGCUGUCUGCUAAUAGAGUUGGGUUCUAGAAAUACGGGUGGACUGGCAUCCUGUCACAGGUUUCAGUGUCUGCCUCCAAUUGUGAAACCUGUGGGAAGGCUUACAGUACUUCCCUACUAGGCUUCAAGUGAAGUUAAAGGGAAGAGUGUUUAAAAAUGUAUAUAUAGAGAUUAUAUCAAGUUCUCCAUGACGCCAUGAUGAAAUGUAAACUGUACAACACGAUCUACAACUGGGACUCAAUUUCACUGUACAUUUGAAAGCUGGGUUUUUUUGGGUGAAGUGUAUAUUUCAGGCAGUCACAAGUUGCAGUUCUUCAGGGUUUGGCGAAUAAAGAAAAGUGCACAUUGGUUUGGGUUUGAGGUAUUAUUUUAAGAAGUCAGAGUGGUAGGUGGAGGCUUUUGCUAUUUGGAUGUACUCUGGGGUAAAAAAAAGAGGGGAAAAAAACCCAAACCCUAAACAGCAAUCAGUACUCACCAAAAAAAGUGAACAUCUCUCUAAGUGGAAGUGAUCUUUAAAAUCAAGGCAGCACAGAUGCUUUGAAUUGACACCUAACCAUAAGUCCUACUUCAGUAACAAGAUAUAGUCUAAUUACUUUGAAGAAAAAGUAAAAUAAUAAUUUUGAUCUAAAACCAGAACUAAAUUAUUAAGGAAGCUUUUAAUUUUAGCAGGAGCAACUAUAAACUAAAAUGUUUCAUGCCUUACCAAGAAGUUUGUGAUAUUGGGGAUGAGGUGCAAUGUUCUUUCAUUGCAGCUUUAACAUACUUGAGUGAGAUUUUCUAACUUGUUUCCUGUCCAAGGGGACACUGAGAGCCAUUGUGGGGGAUCUGAGAAAAACAAGAAAAUGGUGCCAGAGGUGAUGACAGAAAUAAAUGAGAGGACAAGCAUACUGGACAUUUUGGAAGCAGCUGUCAGCCUCACAGGAGUCUUCAAAUGCCUGCUCAACUUGAAUACAUUCUUUCAAUUUACUGGGAAAGCAGAUGAAUAUAAACCUUUCACUUUUUCCAGUUCUGUGCCUCACUUCUAAGCAGUCUCCUUUGAAAGCAAACAGUGGAUGAAACUUAAAAGAAAAAAAAGUUUUGCUUUGGAGUAAGCUCUAAGAGUGCUCAGAAUCUUAAAAGACUUUUCUCACUUACAAGGCUUUGCUCAAAUAGGGUGUAGUCAUCCUAGAAAGACUCUUUUCUAUAUGCUCCAAACAGAUGGUCUGCAGAGUAGUUCAGCCCAAAGGAUUUUUUCUUACAUUGUUAAAUUACUUAUAUGACAAUUUGCUAUAACAUGAGAUUUUGUAUUCCACGAGAAGUUCAUCUUAGUGGCAUAGAGAUGCUCUGACUUGUAGUAGGAAGAAGUGCAAAAGCAAAGUGCUGGUGUUAAGGGAACCCAUGCUGCUGCUAUUUGAGUAACUGAACUGGAUGAAAUAAUGCAUGACUCCUUCACUUUGUAGUCACAGGAUGUUACUUGACAUCAUUGCAGUUUAAGAUUUACCUGCUGCUGCCCUUUUUACAGGUGGUGUUUGUUUCUGCCAAAAAUGGCAAUUUAAUGAAUGUGAAAGUGAUUUUUGUCAGUGGGAUUCUUGGAAUAUUUUGCUUGUUCUUCCCUUCCUGUUCCCAUUUUCCCAUUGGACAGGGAAGAAUGUGUCUGAAUUUUUGUUUAUAUUUUUACUUGCCAGAGUGAGUGUGUGCAUAGAUGUGGAGAGCUUCUUUGCAGGGCUUCUGUUUCCUGUCAUGUUUUGAAUGUAGCCUUCUCUUCUACUAAGAGCUCUUUUCGCUAUGAAAAGUGGUCAUGUACUUAAAAGUAACCUCUGUUCUUCUACUAAAACUGUCAAUCUUUGCUAUGCUGUGCUACUGGGAUCAAUCUGCUGCGAUGUGUUUGGUUUAGUUCUGAAUGUUCUCUGGGAAGGCUGAGAGAUUUUCAUUUUUUAGUCUCCUUCCUGCUGUUGCAAAGUUACUGUUUAUUCCUCUAACUUUGAUCAUCUGCCUUUCAAAACAGAAUGACAAAUAGGUUCUUUGGGGAAUACUUUAAAGGACUUGUGAAAAUUUAUCUGUAUAAUCUACUUUUGGUCAGCAGAUUGUUAAACUCCUGGUUAAAAGGGAAAAAGGCUGGUUACAAGACUGUUUAAUUAAAAACAGAACAAACCGACCAACACUAAAAAAUACAACCCAAAACUUUGUGAGAAUGAGAUUUAGUAUAGUUGAUUACUGCUGAAACAAGAAGUUUCUUAGAGCAGCUAUGUGUGACAAUUUUAUUUUUCAGUCUGUCAGACUUGAAUAUGGCUUAAGAGUUUCUCUAGUUGAUGGUAUAUCUGAGUAGAGAAAAGAAAUUAUUAACUGUAAGUGAUGACAGUGAUUCAACUUCUUUGCCUAGCUGUGAUAAGAGAACUGUAAAUCUCAGUCAUCUGUCACAUUUAAGGUACCAAAAUAGCUGUAUCUGUUAAGCACAUAUUUGCUGCUGUCACUCCUGGUGUAGCUUUACUCCUUCAUGUAAAGCAGCUGGUAGCUGGUGUAAAUAUAUACACAAACACUAGUAGAACAUGGCAUGCAUAUUAAGAAGAGAUUAAAUUGUGUUGCAGGUCUUAGUCAUGUUACUCUUUAAUGCACUGCUACCAGCAACUCUUUGGAUUAAUGUAGUGAGUGGCCUAGGAAAAACUGCUGCAUUUCAGGUUUAAGUUUUAGAUUAAUGUAAGUCGCAGUAAGUUUGCAAAGAAAGGAAUCCACCUCUCUCCAUGACUGUCAUUUAUAUAUGGUAGUGUUGAUAUGAUGUAGUUCAGUUGAAUCAUAUGCAGUGCUAUGGUUUAGGAUUGGCAAGAGUGAGAUGAAAGUGCCUUUAGAAGAAAGAGGAGAGGAAUGUCUGUGUUUUAAGAUAAGAGUACCAAAGAAUGAAUAAACAGACUCAGAAGUAAAAAACCCUGAGCUGAUAAAUAGGAAUAUUGGGCAUUUGAGCCCACAGGAAAUGAGCUUAUACCUUUUUUGUAAGAAAACAAGUGUUGGGGUGUAAGUGUGCUUUGGGCCCAAAAACCCUGAAUCUGUACCUCUAGUACCCUUAUGCCAUUAAUGUUAAUCUUGUAUUACACAAUUUUCACAUAAUUUUUUCUUUUUUCCCAGAGCUAUCACAGGCACAUACACAUUCAUAUAAGAAAAUGAAUAUAUGUGUAUCCACACACACAUAUAUAUAUGCAGUGUUGAAAGUAAUGCAACGCUGACUCAUUAUCAAUGGAUCAAUAAUUGAAUGUGAAACAUGAUUAUCUUUGCAUAAACAGUACAUUUAAUCACUGAAUAAUGGGCAUGAAAUUAGAGCUUUUUCUCUUUCAGUAGCAUAUGCUGAGCAAGUAUUGAACAGUUUCUGCUUGGAGUGGGGGAGCCUUCAGUCUUUGGAAGAAGUAACAACUGUUAUGCUUUGACUGUGUUCUUAGAAUUUAACUUGAAAUACAUUAUAUCUUCAGCAGUGUUUUAUUUCUGUGAAAACAAAUACCUUUUUGAAUAUGUGAUACAAGUGUUUCAGAUAGCUGUCUUGAGCACAGCCUUAGAUACCGCAUCACUUAAUGACAGCGUUAUGGUGGAGACGAGCUAUCCCUAAAUAAACAGAAUAAAGUUUCUGCUCUCCUUGUUUAGGUAACUAGUAUGACUACUCAUAAUCUGUGUUCCUAUUGUCUCUAUGAUGUUUUACAGCUAGUUAGCAGGACUUGAUAAGCUGUUGCCUUUUAGCAAUAGUAGUUCCUUUGUCUAGAUUUGUACAGUAGUUACUGUUUGAAUGAAAGAUACCGAAUUUUGCAUAAUGUAAUUGAAUUAGCAGGAUAGCUCUGCCAACACAUAAAAAUAACAAGGUACAAACUUCUUUCUCAUGCCAGAAGAGAAUAAUAAGCUGACAUACGCUGAUCCAGGAAUUCUAUACUUGUUAGUUGUUUGGUUAUAUUUCUCUUGCUUAUGGAUUGAGUGCUUCUUUUCUGUUUUUCUGAGCUCUAGCAAAGACUUUGAACCUUAGAAGCUCUUGUGGGAAAAGCAAAACCUAGUAAUCUUUCCAAUGAAGCUUCCACCAGAGUGAAAGAAGACCAGAGGCUGGAAAGGUCUGGUCAGUGGGAGAAAGAGAUAGAAUGUGAACAAAUCAACAUUAAACAGUAGUUCACUUUAAAAUAGGUAUGAUAGUGGUGUGAAAGAGAUGGACAAAAAGCACCUAGAAGCAUGACAGCACGAGAAAUGUCACGUGUUGUGACUGCUGGCUAGAGAUUCUCACCUGUGAGUGUGCCAUUUUGGAAAGAAUGGUGAAAGAUCAAUCUAGUAAUGCCAAAACAUGAACUUGGGAAGAAAUAUGAGAAGGUCUAGAGAAAAGCUGUAUUUGAAGGAGGGAUAAUGAGGAAGUUGAGCCCUUCCACUGAGUAGAAAACCAAGGAAUUGUUCUGCUAUCUAUCUUAAAAGAAUGGCAUCAAAGCACUGACAGAGGCAAAAGCAAGCUCACAAGGGUAAGAAGUGAUGUUUCAUAAUUUACCCUCCUGCUGCUGGCAUCACUCUCAGUUUGGAUUUUCUCACAUUAGUAAUAGCUGAUGCCAAGGGUCUAUUCCCGUUGUGCUGUCAGGGUACGAGGACUCUAGGGUUUGCCACUUUUAUCCUGUUUGUGCUGUAACUGAGCUGCAGCAACUGGCAUGGUUAGAAGAGCUGGGAGUUGGAGGUGCUAGUGACACAGAAGAGCUUUUUAUCUGCUGUGCUAUGCUCUUACACAGCAGGGCCACCACAUGCUGAGUUGAGGCAUCAAGAACACCAGCAGCUGCUUGGCCUGUCUGGAGUCUUCAGCAGCCUUGUGAACUAGGACAGUUUGGUAGGAAGGACAUGGACCAGGAAUGGAGCUGUUGAAAGGACAGCUUUCUAGGUGCCUUCUUCCACUGCCUUUGUGACAGUCCAACACUUGACAAGGCUCUUGGAAAUAUCCCAUGGAUGGAGAGUGUCAUGUUUAAUACCAGAUUUAUUUACUUGAAGAUGGUUCAUGUCACAUGGCAUUUCUGGUUUAGAGUGAUACAAAGUAUACUGGAAACACAAAAGUAUACUUAAUACAGCAGUUGCAGUACACAGUUCAAUCAUAAUACCAAUAUGACUCCCCUUACUGGUCCCUAUGAAAUACAUCCUCACUGUCACUAUAUUCCCUGGUGUCCCCAGCUGUCAGGAAGGAAUGGGAGGGUUGAUGUUUAAGCUCAUGUCUGUCUUUGAAAUUCUUAUGGCAGUUGUCUGGCUCUUAUAUUCUAUGUAUUCAUUCUCCCCAUGCGGGUCUGGUCUUCACUCUUGCUGAAGAACUACUUACUGAUCCACUCAAAUGGCUAUCAAAGUUUAUCCAAAACAAAGGCCACCCCAUGUUCCCUUUGAGUUGAGAUGAAGUAAUCUUUGCAAUUGCUGUGGUCCAUUACUCCCUAAGCUUAAAAAGCACAUCACCCUUGUAUAUGUCUUAUUCCAUAUUCAGGACUUACUGGUCAGUCACAUCCAUGUGAAACCAACCCCAAAACCAGAAGUAAAUAAAGUAAAAAACAUCCCUUCCUCAACAAACCCUUGGUGCGGUAGGUUUAAAGCAUGCAGUUUCUCUCUAGGACCAGACUCGAAUUUCAUGUAUAACAGUGCAUCCUUUUUGCUAUAGCAUGUUUUUGUCUACUCCUACAUAAGCAGUGUAGGAACUGCACUGCAAAGGUGGCUAAAUAGACCAAAAUUCAAAUUAUUCAGAACUACAGUGAACAGAUCAUUCUUGCAGCCCAUUAACUUCUCAAGGGAAUGGGUUUGGGCCACUGUUCAGUUUUUCUCUGUGGGAUUCUUUUAGUCCUCUGCCCUCCCUGGCCCAGUGCCAGUACUCCUUACUCCUAAUGAUGUGAUAGGACUUAACUGUGUUUUCCUGUGGGAAUCACAUGCAUAAAUUGGUGUUCUCCCAGGCAAGACCCACCAUUCAUUCUUCAUCAGGCAACUUGCUUGUCAGGAGAAGGUCCUUAAACAUCAUGUGAAUUUGGAAAGGAUCACCUUACAUCAGAAGAACACCGAUUUUCCAACUAUAAAACCCUAUCUUUGAGGCAAGCAGAAGUUUACUUGCUUGUUAAACAGGCUCUGCUUGGUGUGUGCAAAUUUUGCCUUUUCUAAUAUAGGUAAGGUAAGGGUGACAAAAAGUGUUUGAGUUGGUCACUAUUUUUUGCUGUUAGAUAUUUUUUUAAAGGGCUAAACUAGGCCAUCACCUGUGCUUGUGCAAAAAUCAGUGUUCCUAAAGCUUUAGUUCUUCUGAGAAGCCUUCACUGUCAUGGUAAGUAUCAAAGUAUAUAGUAUUUAAGAUAAUGCCUGUUUCUAAAAAUUAUAUAUAAUCAUAGAGGAAGGAGAAGAAAUAACUAAACCCCCAUUGUUGUGUCUUACUGUGCUUUUUUUUACUGUGUAACAGUAUCCCAACAAUUCAAAUAGAGUUACUGUUUUCCAAAGUGAGUUCUCUGAAAUGUAGAGCCAGAAAUUCUCUAUUUUUGAAAUUUUAAAAGUAUGUGUUUUAAGAAUCUGUGCUUUAAUUAAAAGUUUUCAGGCA